AUGACCAAUAUUGAAAAACAAGAAGAUGAAAUUUUAGUAUUACAAUCAAUAUUUGAUAAAAAAUUUCGUCUUCUCGACGAUAAUCAAUAUGAAAUAUUAAUUGAAUUUGAUUUAUCAACAUCAUUUAGAAUUCAAUUAAAUGAUAAAAUAUCAUUUAUAAAAUAUUUACCAACAUUAACACUUAUAAUUCAUUAUCAUGAAGAAUAUCCAAGUCAUUAUCCACCAUCAUUUAUUGUAUCAUGUUUUUAUUUUUCAAAAUAUGAUUUAGAAAAACUUUGUCAAAAACUUGAUAAUUAUUUAUUUAAAAAUAACGAAGUAUGUGUUUAUGAUUGGAUUGAAUUAAUUAAACAGGAAAUUAAUAAUGAACUUAUUUUAAAUGAUAAAUUUCAAGGAUAUACAAAUGAUCCACGAGCAUUAAAUGGAUAUUCAUUUGAAAAAGCUGAAAAUAUUUUUCAAUAUUUAAUUAAUUAUAAUUAUGAACGUGAAAAUGAAUAUUUUCAAAAACAAUUUCAAACAUGUUUAAUUUGUACAGAUAUUAUUCCAGGCAUUAAUUGUAUUCGUCUUUAUCGUUGUGGUCAUUUUUAUUGUCGAUCUUGUUUGAAUAAUUAUAUUCAAUUAAAUUUAGAAAAUGGUUUAUUUGGUGAAAAACUUCAUUGUCCACAAUAUCAAUGUAAACAAUCAUUACUUCCAACAGAAAUUAAACAAAUACUUGAAAAUAAUGAAUUAUAUGAAAGAUAUGAAAGAUUAACAUUACAACAUGGUCUUGAAUUGAUGAAUGAUAUUCUUUGGUGUCCAAGAUGUCAAUCUCCUGUUCUUAUCAAUAAUGAAAAUGAUAAUUUAGCUAUGUGUUAUCAAUGUCAUUAUACAUUUUGUAAAAAAUGUAAAGAAAUAUAUCAUUCUCAAACCAUGUGUCCAAAAGAUUAUUUAAUUGAACAAUUAAAACUUCAAAAAGAAAAAAAAUAUCAACGAAUUCAAAGACAAAGUGAAGAAGAAGCUCUUGCACAACAUAAUAAAAUUAAAGAAAAUAAAAAACCUUCUGUUAAAAAACAAAUUCCAAAAGAACAAUAUCGUCAAAUUGUAAUAAAAUUAUCUGAAGAAGAUAAAUUAUUAGAAGAUGUAUUAAAUGCUGAACGUAUUGAAGCACUUAAUACUCAACUUUGCCCACGUUGCAAUAUACGAAUUGAAAAAAAUGGUGGUUGUUCACAUAUGCAUUGUUCACGAUGUGAUCAUGAUUUUACUUGGCAAACAAUAGAAAGAUCUCAAAAUUCAAAUAUAAGUUCAUUAUUAAAUAAUUUUAAUCAUAAUUCGAUACAAAUAGGAUCUAUUAAAGAAGAUUUAAACAAAGUAGCAAAUACUGUAAAUUCAUCCGAACAAGAGACAGAUUCAGAUGAGAUAGAAGAUAAUCAAAAUGAACAAGAUUCAGGAAUUUCUAUUGAUAAUAAAUCAACUAUUGGUGCUGCUAUUAUCAAUCGAGUUAGACGUUGUCCAACGAAAUCAUGUAAAAAACUUAAUAUUAAAAUUGAUCAAGAUAAUUGGAUAAUAUGUAAUCAAUGUAUGAAACAAUAUUGUUUUUUAUGUAGACGUAUUAUUUAUGGAAAACGACAUUUUGAGAAGAAAUGUCAACGAUAUACAUAA